GUCACAACAUCACAAACUACUGCAUCAGAUACAACAUCACAAACUACUGCAUCAGACACAACAUCACAAACUACUGCAUCAGACACAACAUCACAAACUACUGCCUCAGUCACAACAUCACAAAAUACUGCAUCAAAUACCACAUCACAAACUACUAACCAAAGCAUCAUCUACAUUAAUCUCUUGACCAUCACUCCACACUUUCCAACCCGGUUUGUGCGUAUAAAUCUAAUUCGUGUGGCAAGUCGUGAGAUUUCCAUUUCCUGGGAUGCCAGCAAUGCAUUCACCCUGACUGUGUAUGAAGUCAUCUUAUCCAGUGCAAUCAGACAGGAAUUGCCCUUUACGACGAACAAAAAAAAAGCAGUAUUCAGGAACCUGCUUCCCGAUGUUGAGUAUAACAUUUUGGUCUUGGUAAAAUCUUGCAGCCAACAACAGUCAAUACAAAGAAGAAUCAGGACACGCGCUAAAGUGCUGAAUGCAAGGACAAGAAUUAGAAACAGGGCUUUUGUGCCACAACUUCUGGACAGAACAAGUCGGAUAUACAAGCAAUUUGUAAAUAAUUUCAUUCAAGAUUUGCUUCGCAGAGUAACCCUGAGAUUUUUAUCCUUGUACAAUCGCAAUCUCCUGAGAAUUGUCAUAAUUCGUCUUACACCAGGAAGUGUGACAGUAGACUUUAACAUUGCACUGUCCUUAAAUGAAAAUGUCACCUUGAGGGAAACUGCAGAAAUUUUUGCUAAGUCCUUGAACACGAGUACAGAGUUUGACAUAGAUAUUACAAACACUAAUAUAGCAGAGAGGGAUAGCUGCCAACCAGAGUUCAAUGACUGUUCAGAUAAUGGAACUUGUACACGACAGAACUCAACUUACACUUGUCAAUGCAACACUGGGUUCAACGACACAAGCCCCAAUGUACCAGGAAGGAUCUGUGAAGACAUUGAUGAGUGUCAGACUGGGAAAGACACAUGCUCGGCAUUAGCGACCUGCACAAAUACUCCAGGGAAUUUUACUUGUAACUGUUUAGCAGGAACAAUAGAUACCGAUCCGGCAAACCCAGGAGCACAGUGCAAAGAUAUUGACGAAUGUCAGAAUGGGAACAACACAUGCUCUGAUUUAGCUGUCUGCAGGAACAUCCCAGGGAAUUUCUCCUGCAGCUGCUUCCAGGGGAUUAUAGAUACCAAUCUGGCAAAUCCAGGAACACAGUGCAUAGAUCCCAAUAUCUGUUUCAUCAACAAUGGAAAUAUUUGUACUUUAUCAGACUGCAUGGUGUCUACAGUCAGUAACUGCAAUAACAAAAUUGCAUUCAGAAUGCAGGUGAUUUUGCGAUCGAGAGUAUUCUCCAAUGACCUGAGGAAUCCAGUGAGUGAAGCCUACAGGAACCUAUCCAACAGUUUUAUGAACACAGUUGUGCCAAGAACUCAAGUCAAUCUCAAUGAUCGUAGCUUUAACAUCUUCAUCGUUGGCUUCCAAAAUGGAAGUAUAGUGAUAAAUUUCCUGGCUGUCUUGAAUGACACCUCAACAGUUAACAGAAGCAGACUGCUCACUGCUGUUGGUGCUGCUGUUAAAGCACUGGAUAAUAAUAGUUUAAUCACCAUAACAGGUACAACACAACUUACAACUGAAGCUCCUGUCCAGCCACAGACUGCCCCGACCUUGCAAUCGAAACCUGGAACUGAAAACCCCGGAUGGAAAGCGGCUGUGAUCGUUUUGGGAUCUAUUCUCGGUGUAGCUCUGCUCACCAUACUGGCAGCAGUGCUGACAUUGCUGUACACAAAGAAAAAAUCCAGGAGUUAUAGCGUAGAAACAUCUGAUAUUGUGCGACAAAUCAAUUAUUCAAAUUUAUAACAGCUUCUAUAAAGCCUCAAUGAAGAAUUGUUGGCCAGUUUACUACUUUUCUCAGGAUUUCGAUGCAAUAUUUGCAACAUAAUCUCAUGGGUCAUUUGAACUUUAUACAGGAGAAGUGAUACUGCAAAAACAUGAGCUUGCAUUUAUAUUAACAGAUAAAAAAGAGUAUUUAAUGGUAUCUGGUGAUUGGUGGCAGAAUGUGUUACAAUAAUGUAUGCAUUCAUUCAUAGAACAUAGAACAUAGAACAUAGAACAGUACAGCACAGAACAGGCCCUUCAGCCCACGAUGUUGUGCCGACCACUGAUCCUCAUGUAUGCACCCUCAAAUUUCUGUGACCAUAUGCACGUCCAGCAGUCUCUUAAAUGACCCCAAUGACCUUGCUUCCACAACUGCUAUUACCAAAAUCUCAUAGCCCUCAACAUGCCUUGUAUGGUUCUCAGUUCUCAGGUUUGUAAAUAAUUUUUCCCACUGGGAUUUCUGAUCUUCAAGUAACAGAAAGAAAUACACACAUAUGUCAGAGAUAAUGGGAACUGCAGAUGCUGGAGAAUUCCAAGAUAAUAAAAUGUGAGGCUGGAUGAACACAG